AUGCAAGAAGUUACGUUGGCCUUUAAGUUCUCUGCAAAACGUUUGUUGGUAUUUAAAGAACAACAUGGAGACAAUCCUGUUGCUAGAGAAGAAAUGGGAAGACGCUCAAAGCUGAAGGUGAUUUGUGAAACGAGCUGGGCCUCCAGAGCAGAUUGGCUGGCAGUUUUCUUCGACGCUCUCAAGGUAUUAAUUGAUAUUCAUUAUCUGAAUCAUAGCCCAUCUUUUAUGAGCUAAAUACAAUGGAACAUUUUUCUUAUCCAUCAAUGUUCAUUUUUAGGUUAAAAUCGACACGUUAGACCAGCUAAGCGAGGAAGGCGAUUGCAAGGCCAGAGCGCUCCACGCGUCUAUUCUGAAUGGGACUUCAUUAUUACUCUUGUUGUGCUUCAGCAUAUUUUUGAAUAUACAAACAAGCUGUCGGUAUACCUUAAAGUGA